AUGGACGAAAUGCAAAAAGUGUCAAAAAUUGCUGCGUUUUAUAAAGAAAAGUAUAUUUUUAUCACCGGGGGAACUGGAUUUCUUGGCAAAGUUUUCGGUCGCAUGAAAGAAGAAAGACCAAAUUAUCGAGAAAAAUUGCAUAUUAUUAGUGGAGAUUUAUCUGAACCGCUAUUAGGAAUUAGUGAAACUGAUUUAGAUUUACUUUCUUCUGAAGUUAGUAUUGUAUAUCAUGUAGCAGCAACUGUAAGAUUUGACGAAGCAUUAAAAAUUGCUGUGGAACAAAAUUUGCUCGGUACGAAGAGAUUAAUUGAAGUUUGCAAAAGACUGCGGAAUCUCGAGAGUUUGGUGCACGUUUCGACGGCUUAUUGUAAUUGUAACCGUAGUGAACCUGAUGAGAUUAUAUACCCAUCUAAAGUGGAUCCUGAAGAACUUAUCAGAACUAUUCAAUGGAUGGAUACUGAUUUAGUGGAUACCAUAACUCCAAAAUUAAUAGAUGAUUUUCCGAAUACGUAUUCUUUUACAAAAAAUCUCGCUGAAAAACUAUAUCUUAAAGAAACGGAUUUACCAGUUAGCAUAUUUCGUCCAACUAUCGUCUCACCAUCAUGGAAGGAACCAUAUUGCGUAUUGGUGCAUUUAUCUACGGCGUUUUGUAAUGUUCAUGAGAAGUAUUUAUAUGAAAAAAUAUAUCCAACCAGGUAUUCAAGUAAGAAAAUUUUGGAUUGUUUACAAUGGAUGGACGAUGAAGCAUUUGAAAGUUUAAGGAAGAAUUUUUUGUAUCGCCAUCCAAACAAUUAUACUUAUAGCAAAUGUUUAGCCGAACAACUUCUUAAAGAAGAGGGAGAUGGCCUUCCUAUACUCAUAAUUCGCCCUUCUUUUAUAUUACCAGCUGUAAAAGAACCAAUAGAGGGGUGGAUAGAUGUAUGGAACAGUCCAGUUGCAGUAGCUAUUGCGUUUGGUAUGGGAUUCCUGAGAAUUAUUCGCGCUUUUAUGAAUAAUACUUACGAUGUAGUACCCGUAGAUAUUUGUGCAAGUACAACUAUAGCAUCAGCUUGGUUUUAUAUUAAUCAAAACUGUAACGAAUUAACCGUCUGUCAUUGUACAACUUCGAUGCUUAACCCACCUAAAAAUAGUGAAAUCUUUAAUAUGACGUUUAAACUAGUGGAUAAAUAUCCUCUAUGCCAGGCAUAUCGUUAUCCUAGAAUAAUUGUUACAGAAAAUUCAUUUAUCUAUGAUAUUGGUAAAGUGUUUCUACACUAUCUUCCCGCAAUAUUUGUCGAUGGAGGAAGAGUUAUAUUAGGAAAGAAACCAAUGUUAGUGAACUUAUAUAAAAAAGUACAUUUAAAAAUGAAACAAAUGGAUUAUUUUCUGGAUAAAGAGUGGAAAUUCGACGUUUCUAACUAUAAAAAGCUUUUAGAAUCGCUUUCAAAGGAAGAUAAACAAUUAUUUAAUUGCGAUGUUCGAAGUAUCGAAUGGUUGAAUUAUGUAGAAAUAAGCGUGAAAAAUAAUCGUUUCUUUCUGAUGAACGAAGAUGAAGAGUCGCUUCCUCGGGCUCGAAAACAUCUUUCUAGAAAUUAG